AUGGAGAAGAUUAUCUACGAACAUUCUAAGAGAGCUCCAAACUCCAUAGCUGUGGAGGACGAAAACCUAUCUCUGAGCUAUCCUGAAUUACUUGCCGAAGCCGCUCACCUAGCCCGCACGCUCGGAGAGGUAGUCUCUGGUGAGUUGAUUGGCAUUUUGCUUGGCCCUGGAAUCCAUUAG